AAUGGGACAUUCUUUUGGUAUAUUUUUUCUUCUCUCGUUUUUUUAUUUUCUUUUUUGUUAUAUACUUGUUUAAUACAAUGGCACCUAUUAACAAACGACGUCAAAAUUCAAACGUAUUUGCUAUGUUUGACAAAGCACAAGUCAUGGAAUUUAAAGAUGCCUUUAGCAUAAUGGACACAAAUAGCGAUGGUUUAGUGGAUAUCAAUGACCUUAAAGUAACAUUCGAACGCUUAGGCCAGCCUGCAACAACUGAAGAAAUCGAAGCAAUGAUGGGCGAUGCGACUGGUCCCAUCAAUUUUACUGUGUUCUUGACGCUCAUGGCAGAUAAAUUAGCAGACACUGAUCCCGAGAAUACAAUUUUAAAGGCAUUCUCCGCUUUUGAUGAGAGUAGAAAUGGAAAGAUAAAUGCAGCUUAUCUAAGAGAAUGCAUGACGACAAUGGGAGAUAGAUUUACUGAUGAAGAGGUUGAUAUUAUGUUUAAAGGGUCGGUAGUUGAUGAGGAAGGGAACUUUAACUAUAGAGAUUUUGUUCGUAUUUUAAAGCAUGGAGAGUGACGAUUGUAAUCUUGUCAACACGACUGUAAAUAGUAUAUAAUAAACUAGAUAUAAUUUAUUUUCUUUUGUUGUUCUUGACAUGAUCAGCCAGUAUUAGGAGUGUUGAAAGAUAACAAGCCUUUUUUCGUUCCCCUUGAAAAUCACUCAUAAAAUAAAACAAACUACGUACUUCUGUGUUUGUGUAAAUGGCAUAAUUGUUUGUCUGAUGCUCGGAAAGGAGCAAGUUUAUCUAUACAUAUUGAUAUGUUUACAUGUCAACUUGUAUUUCUGACUUAUCUAUGAUUGACAACAUGCAUAGCGAUUGUUCUAAACCAUAUUGUAUCCUG